AUGGAAAAGCCAAAGAAGCAACGACUCUCCGCCGACAGGAUUCCAGCCGAUCUCGUAAUCUCAAUAUGCUCGAGAUUACCGGCGAAAUCCAUUGCAAGGUUCCGUUGCGUUUCCAAGGAAUGGUCUUCGACUCUCCGCCGUCGAGAUUUCAAAGACUUGCACCUGAAAUGGUCUUUGUCUCGUCGCUCUCUCUUGUUCACCUUCAAACUCAACCGGUUAAGUGAAGCCGCCAUGGAUAUCCCGGAGAAACAGCUACUCUCCGAGACGGAUGACCAAACCAUCCCACCCAAGACGAUACCGAUCGAUCUCCUAAUCUCCAUAUUCACCAAACUACCGGCGAAAUCCGUCGCAAAGUCUCGCUGUGUUUCCAAGCAAUGGGGCUCCCUUCUCCGCCGUCGAGAUUUCACAGAUUUGUACCUGAAAAUGUCUUCGGCUCGUCCCUCUCUCUUGUUCACCUUCAAACUCAACGGUAAGUUUCUCUUCUUCUCAGCACCACAGCCGCUAAACCCACACCAGGACUCAGCUCCUUUAGUUGCUGUCCGUCACAUGAGCUUCGACACCGAUGAUUGGUCUCGUGGCAUUGCUUAUGCUCAACCUGUCCGUGGGUUUCUUUGUAGCAAAGAAAAAAACCCUUUGGUUGUUAACCCUACAACAGGACAGUGCAUCACCUUACCCACAGUGGCGUCGAACUUUUCAGGGACUUCGUAUCUGGGUUAUGAUCCCAUCUCCAAAUUGUUCAAGGUGUUGCGUGUCUCGGAUGAUUUUCGCGUUCUGACGUUAGGAAACGGAGAAGCAACGUGGAGAACGAUCGAGUGUUCGAUCACACCCUUUUACGCUGACCCUAGUGGGAUAUGCAUCGACGGGACGGUGUAUUUCUUAGGUUCUCGCUAUUGCAUUGGGAUUGAAGACAACACUGUGCUGUUUUACUUUGACGUUAGGUCAGAGACGUGUAAGUUUCUUCGCGUGGAGGGAAAGAUUAGUUUGUGCUCAACGCUAGUUAACUUCAAAGGUAAACUAGGAGCGAUUCUCCCUGAUGGUCUGACUAGGUUUUACUCGGGAAACACUACAAAGCUUGAGCUGUGGGUUUUGGAUGAUGUCGAGGAUGAGAAAUGGUCGGUGCAUGUCUACGAGUUGCCACCGUCGUGGAAGAGUCUAGUGGUAGUUGGGAAUGCCUCUCUUUACAUUGCCGGGAUGACUCGUGCAGGAGAGAUUGUCUUCUCCCUAGCGCCAUACCAGGUGGAGGAUGUUCCAUUCUGCAUUUACUACUAUAAUGUGGUGAGAAACACUGUGGUGAGAGUUGAAAUCCAAUUUGGAAUGGUAAUCCCUAAAUUUGACAAGAUUCACACCUUUGUUGACCAUGUAGAAGAUGUCAAGCUUCUGGAAGUUCUUGGGAUGCCAUAA